AAGGCAUUCGUAUGUAAUGGAACUGCAAGCAGUUCUUUAUUUCAUUUUAUUCCUAUGAUCGCUCCAACUUCUACAAAUUGUUCUGCCGAAUGCCUUAAAAAAAGAAAUCCCAUCUGCGUUGGAUUUUUGUUCAGUGCAAAGAGAACAUCCUGCAAUUUGUUGAAAACAUUUUUAACAGAAAAUUAUCAAGCCUCGUUAGACGUCCUUGGUGAAGAUUGGGAAUAUUUUAGCAUUAAAGUGGUAAACCUGGCGCUUGGUAAAACCGUCUCUAGUAGCAGUCUCUAUCCAUAUCCUCCAUAUACAAAUGUGAACUAUGCCGUUGAUGGUAGGACAGACUUUACUGACAACAGUCUACUGUUUCACACAGACUUCGAACUUUAUCCCUGGCUGACGGUAGACUUAGGAACACUCAGUAUUGUGAAAAAUGUAAUUCUUUACAACAGAAGCGAUGGCCAUGGUCGCUGGCUACAUAGUGUAGAGAUAAGAGCUGGAAACUCUUCCGUUUGGUCCGAGAUGAACAUGUGUGGCACAUUCCUUGGACCGAGUCAAACUGGAGAAAUCCACACCAUAGAGUGUGAAACCAGACCCCUCCUAUAUGGGUCGUAUGUCACCGUAAAAAUAGUCCGCCCUAACUACAUUACAGACGAUCCUAAUGCAAUCGGCGGAAAAAACGUCUUGUGUUUCAGAGAAAUUGUCGUCAAUGGCCUUGAUGCGUAAAUCACAGUUUAAU